AUGUCCUCUCCCGACCAGAAAGGUAACGCUUCUGCUGCCGCCGACGCUGCCAAGGGUUCAUCUCCUUCCGCCACUGGCGCCUCCACUUCCACCGCCCCCAAAAAGGAUCUUGCUGCCACAGUUCGUACGCUUCAGUUUGCCUGGUACGUGGGCCACCUUGUGACGGUUAUUUCGACCAUCUUCUAUGCUCUCACCUACGUGAGGAUCUUCCCUCGUGCUUACAAGUUCUGGUACAGCAUGGCGCUCUUGGGUGUCAUUGAGAGCUUUGGGUUGUUGCUCUACCAGACGAUUAAGAAAAACGGGGUCAAUGCGCCCAAGUUGCUUGCUGAAGACAAUGCCCAGUACUUGUUUUUAGGUGUGUUGCUCUUCAUUGCACCACCACAUGUUUUAUUGACCUUGUUGGUGUUCUUUUUGUUCUCCACCUUUCACGUUUUGUCCUACACCAGACAUUUCAUCUUGCCUGCGUUGGACAUUCCUGAAAGCCACCCAGUCUCCAAGAACAUUGGCAACUUCAUUGCUGCCAACAACAACAAAUCGAUUCAGCUUGCUGCGCUUUUGGAAGUGGUGACGUUGGCGUGGUUGACCUUGCGUGUCAUCACCUUCCGAAAGAGAUCCUUGACUCCUCUCAUUGCCUACACUAUCUUCAUCAAGUUGAGGUACGAGAAAUCCGGCUUCACUAGAAACUACUUCAAGCAGGCCGAGAUCCGUGUGGAGAGCCUCGUCAACAGCACUGGCCACCCUGUUCUCAAGGAUGUGUGGAUCAAAGCCAAAGGUGUGUUCCACCAGAUCGGGUCCAUCCACUUCUUCCACGACCACACCAAGGAGAAGGAGGCCAAAUCUAUCUAA